AUGUUGAAAUUAUCACGAAGAUUGUUGACUAUAAAGUCUUGGGGAAAUGUUCCCAAGGUUUCACCAUUCCAACACUUAGCAUCCAACAAGAGUUUCAUCAUACCUUUCAACCAAACUGUUAAUACCAAUUCCAUCAUAAGUAAACCUUCACAACCAAUAGAAUCAUUGACUACUUCAUUGAACUCAUUAAAUUUAAGAUUCCCUGUUGAUCAAAUAACACUGUUUGAACAUGAAUUAGAAGAAAUGAAUGAAUCAGAUGAUAAAGAAAUGAAAUUAGAUUCAGUUUUAAGGAAAAGAAGAUUGAAAAUGAAAAAGCAUAAGUUGAGAAAGAGAAGAAGAGCUCAAAGAUCUUUAAAGAAGAGAUUAGGUAAAUAG